AUGGCCAGCCUCGAAGCUGCUGUAGCAGAGCGAUCGGCACAGUUUGCGAAGAACAGCAAAAGCCCGGCGAAACGGAUCACCGCCGACCCGUCGAUCGGAGUGGAGUCCUUGGCCCGAGUGAUCAGGGACUAUUUGUCCCACCACAAGACGAGCGACCUGUGGUCCUUAGUUUGCCCCCCGCCAGGGGGGCCGCUUAGCUGGACGUGGGCUACCCCAGUGUGUGGACCGUGGCUGGUCAAAGUGGCGGGGCUGGUGUACGACUUCUUGGGGAUAGCCCCGAACAGCAAGCUGCUGGCUGUCAGAGUGAAAGGUGCACUGGAGAGCCUGCACAAGGCAGGCGAUCUGACGGUGGCUGUGCACAAGGGCAAAACUUUGUCCGAUCACUUUGACAAAGUGGACAUGGCCAUCCGCCUCUUAAUGCAUCAUGCCCGCCAGCUCAAGACCGACGAGAAGCUCAAGAAUAGGGUGUUUCGGCAGCUGGUCCGACCUGACCAGGUCAAGAUUGAACUUUGCCUGGAUAGGCUUGAUCUGCGACUCAACUUCGAGGCCGAGCCCGCCGACGAUGAGCCUGCUUCGGCAACAUGCUUGGACCUCGUGCCGUGGAGGCCCCCCGUGGAGGAAGCCCCCAAGGUGGCGACACCG